GCGCCAAAUUAUCCGCCUCUAGAAAACUAACGGAACUUUUAAUUUCAUCGAAUUGGUUUUUCUCCAAAAAGCGGCGCAGUUCUCCUCGUCUUCGUCUAAAUGUAUGUGGUUAAAUCUGUGUGACUGACUUUUAGCAACCAAACAAUGUACGAAAUUAAGAAUUUGGAAUCGUUAGAUCGACAGUUAUCGAGUAUAGCUCACCAUGGAGUUCCUUUGGAAAAAAAUGAUAAAACUACGUUCAUUUUGUGUCCAAAAGCCAAGCAAUGCAAACCUCUGGGGAAACAACAGAAACUUUUAUCCCUGAUGCACAGUCUGCCAUAUUAUCCGCCAAGUAACAAAAUGGUGCAGGCUCUGCCCACUAAAUUCACGGACACAGAUUUGACCGUAAAUAAUAUUGUAUUCGCCGAGUUUUUGCAUACCAAACGCUUGGAGUUUUAUAAUGUAUGCUCAGUGAUGCAAACGCUGCUAACCAUCGAGGACCUGUCCGUCAUGGCUCUGUACGCUGAACUGAUCCAGGCUGAUGUGUCUGUGCAGCGGGUCUCCAAGCUGUUAUAUAAAAUUCCUCUUAAGAGCAAGCUAGUGAAUGCAGAGGACAUUGUUGCUCCCAAUCUGGACGAAGUGGUGCUGGUGCCCAAGUCCAGCCUGUUGGCAUCUCCACUACCUGAACAAUUGGUGCUGGCCCUGCUUCCGCAUCCUCACGAAAAUUUGGAGUCGGGCCAUCCGAUGCGUCGGCUUGUGGCCGGUGUGGAGCAGGUCAGCCGCACCACUGUUCACGUGCGCUUCACACGCGGAAACUGUCCAAAGGAAGCGGUUUUGGUGGGCCAGCGCUUCUACGUCAUAAUCCGCUCCAAACGCACUUCAAUGCGAUACAUGUACCGCGCACUCAAGUUGCUCCAGGAGAGCCCCUUGGUGCGCCGCUACCUAUUUCCCUUUCCCAGCUGGCUGACGCAGAUGGUGUACAAUUCCCAGAGGUUAGGCGUCAAUUUGCCCAGUUGGAUGCAAGCGAAGCCAUUAAAACAGCCAACUACUCCGAACUCACUCUCCCUUCUGAAUUCGACCAUCUUUUCCAACGCUGAGCAGUUAGAGGCCGUACAACGCAUUGUUGCGGGACCAAGUACUCAGGGACCAUACAUCCUGUUUGGACCACCAGGCACUGGCAAAACCACUACCAUUGUGGAGGCCAUUCUACAGCUGCGCCUUCAAAAACCACAAAGCCGUAUCCUCGUUACCGCCGGUUCGAACUCGGCCUGCGACACAAUCGCCCUGAAGCUUUGCGAGUAUAUAAAAAGCAACCCCCGCCUUCAGAAGCACUUUGCUCGGCAGAAGCUCCCAAUGCAGGAUCACCAGUUGAUCCGCGUGUACUCGCGCAACAUUUAUAGCAAGGGACUUAAGUCCGUGCCGUCACUGCUGCUGAAUUAUUCCAAUUGCUCGCAGCGCAUUUACAAGCAUCUUAGAGGGUCAUGUAUUCUGGAUUACGGCAUAGCGGUGGCCACGCUCUGCACGGUGGGUCGCUUGGUCUCUGAUAACCUUGCCAAGUACAACUUCUUCACCCACAUUUUCAUCGAUGAGGCGGGCGCUGCAACUGAACCCGAAACUUUGAUCGGUAUAAUGGGUAUAAAGCAGACAGCGGAUUGUCAUGUGAUCCUGUCCGGAGAUCAUAAGCAGCUCUGCGCCGUGAUAAAGAGUAAUCGAGCUGCAUCUCUGGGAUUAAGCCAGUCUCUAAUGGAGAGGCUUCUUCGAUCCGAUUGCUAUAAAUUUGAUGAAAACGGAAACUACGAUCGUACCCUGCAGACGCGUCUGCGUCGUAAUUAUCGAUCCCAUCCGCAGAUUUUGGGCCUGUUUAAUAAGCUCUACUAUAACGGAGAGCUGAUCUCUGAGGCACCUGCUAGGAAUGUGAAUAUAGCGGCCAACUGGAGCCUUCUGCCCAAUCCAAACUUCCCGAUAAUAUUUCAGGCUACUCAUGGAGUAACCGAACGGGAGCAGCACACCACUAGCUCUUACAAUAAUCUGGAGGCAGAAGUAACAUGUUGGUAUGUAAAACGCCUGAUUAGCGGAAAGAUAGUGAGACAGGAGGACAUCGGCAUUGUUGCGCCGUAUUCCGCUCAAGGUAAAGUAGUUACCAACUUACUCCAAAGCCGGGGACUAUCAAAUGUGGAGGUUGGCAGCGUGGAGAGCUAUCAGGGUCGCGAAAAGACUGUAAUCAUUGCAAACUUGGUUCGAUCCUUUGCAAAUAUGGGGUUCCUGCGUAAUCCCCGCCGUGUGAACGUUCUUUUGUCAAGAGCUAAGGCACUGCUGAUCCUGGUUGGUAAUCCGGUCACCCUUCGUCAUCAUCGGGACUUCAAGUUCAUAAUCAAGGAGUGCAAAAAACAAGGCACAUAUCUUUUCAAGAAUAAGCGGAAACCGCAUAUCCUGCCUGACAUUAAGGAUGAUGAAUCAGAUGAGUCGAGCAGUGAUUCGGAAGACGAGGAGCUUACUCCUUGGUCUGCCAGAAUGCCACAGGACAUUGACAAAAUAAAAGCGCAGGUCAACAAUGAACAGGACCAGCUCGCUGAAUCCAUUCUGAAACUGCAGAAAUUGUAAGACUUAUGUAUAAGUUGUAUAAGUAGGCUAAGUUGAAAAUGACAGACUACGAAAAGUUCAAGGCAUUAUCGUGUCCAUAAGAUGAACCUCUAGAAGAGAUGUAAUGAAACCAAAUCUAAUUUAUUGGAUGCUCAGACAGCACCAAGCUAUGCCAUCCGUAAACCUGAAGUUUUUGUUAUGUUUUAAUAUAAGUUUCUGAAAACAAGUAUGCAGUCAUAGAUUAAGUUACGAAGAAGAAUACCCAAGAUAUUCCAUUUGGUGUCCUGCAAAUGGAGAAAGGAAAACAUUUGAUUCAAGCUUUGUGUAAGAAAUGGACCAAUGAAAUUCAAACGGAUGUGUUCUCAUGAAUGUUAAGUCAAAAUCGUCGUUUAAAUUUAAUUUUUUUAUAUUCAACCAAAUCGGUGAUGC